AUGCAGCCGAUUGUUGCCCUCAUGCUCGCCGCCCUUCCGGCGGCGAUGGCUCAAUGUGCCAAAAACAACUGCCUCCGGGAAGUCGCGGGAACCCGAGCCCGGGUUGUUCCCAUGUCCAGCCGCCGUGAUGACUGCUCGGACUUUAUGACUACCACAAUCUUUCAGGGUGCAGGUUUCCAAAAUAACACCCAUCUUGUGCCCACCUAUAUCACCAAGUGUGCUGGCAACUCUGCCUACUCCUCGGCUUGCAGCUGCUGGGGCAUCACCGCAGCCGUCAUCACGAUUGGACCCAAUAUCACCACCACAGAGCCCCCGGUCGUCUCCACGACCGAAGAGCCAACAUUCGUUACUACUACGGAAAUCGAGUCUACCCCGUUCCCGAGUUCGUCGGAGUUCACAACCACUGAGGUCCCUAGCACCACUGAAUCCCCCACGGAAACGCCUACCACGUUUGAGACCUCGACUAUCACUGAGUCGCCCUCCAGCAGCGAGGAGCCGACCACUUCGUCUACGACGGAAGAGUCCUCCACCACCGCCGGGCCAGUGAGCUCAUCCGAGACAGAGACCGAGACCAAUGGCCCGGUCUCUGAGACCAGCACUUCCGAGGCCCCCGUCUCUACCACUUUAGGGGAAUCCACCACGGCAGCCAGCUCAACUGAAGUCUCAACAACUGAGAUCUCAUCCACGGUAAUCAGCUCGACAGAGGUCUCAUCCACCGAGACAAGCUCUUCAGAGGGUACGGCUUCCGAAGAGCCCACUUUCGUCAGCACUACGGGAGCGUCCACAACUGAAGAGCCUACUCUGACCAGCUCAACUCAGGUCUCUACGACUGAAGAGCCCACGACGGUUCGCUCGACUGAAGUCUCUACGACUGAGGCGCCAGUCAGCUCAACCGAGACGGCCACCACCGGGCCUGUCACUGAGACCACCACGGAGGAGAGCACAAUGAUGAGCUCAACUGAGACUACUACGGAAACCAGCACUUCUGAGCCCAGUGGGACCAGCUCGACUGAGGGACCGUCGACAACUGAAGGAUCUACAGUGAUCAGCUCUACUGAAGUUCCCACCUCAACGGAAGAGCCCACUCUUACGAGCUCGUCUGAGACAGCCACUGUGGAGCCGACCUUCAUCAGCACGACGGGGAGCCCCUCUGACACCAGCACUGCGGCGCCUUCCAGCAGCACCGAGGAGCCAAGCUCUACCAUUCCUUCCACGACAGAGGAGCCUAGCUCUACUGCUGUUCCCACGACCUCAGAGGCACCCAGUUCGGCCAUUGCCUCCACCACAGAGGAGUCCAGUUCUACUGUCGCCUCUACCAGUGAAGAGGCAAGCUCUACCGCUGCUUCCAGCACAGAAGAGUCUAGCUCAACCGCUAGCUCCUCGACUGAGGAGCCUAGCUCGACUGUGGUUUCGAGCACAGAGGCGCCCAGCUCAACAGUUGUCUCCACGACUGAAGGCUCCAGCUCAGCCGCGGCCUCUACUACCGAGGAGUCCAGCUCUUCUGCAGCAUCAUCUACUGAAGAAGCUAGCUCUACCAUCGCUUCCAGCACGGUAGAGCCUAGUUCAGCUACUAGCUCGUCAACUGAGGAGCCUAGCUCAACUGCGGCUUCCACCACAGAGGCAGCCAGCUCAACAGCUGUCUCAACGACCGAAGGCACCAGCUCAACCGCAGCCUCUACCACCGAGCCCAGCUCCACUGCAGCAUCGUCUACUGAGGAGCCGACCUCAACUGUAGCCCCUAGCAGCGAGGCCAGCUCCAGUGCCGCUUCGACUUCAGAAGAGCCAACCUCUACCGCCGUCUCUACUACUGAGGAGCCUACUUCCACUGUAGCCUCUACAACCGGGGAGGCAAGCUCUACAGCUGUAUCGAGCACGGAGGAGCUUAGCUCAACUUUCGGCUCGUCGACUGAAGAAUCAAGCUCGACGAUCGCCUCCACGACUGCAGAGCCCAGCUCAACCAUUCUGACUACCACUACUGAAACUCUCUCGUCGGAGACCGGCUCCACAGCGGCCUCGACCUCAAGCGAGGAGCCAAGCUCUGCUGCUGUCUCUACCACUACAGAGGUAAGCUCGACUGCUGCCUCGACGACCGAGGAACCCAGCUCGACCGUUCUGGCCACUACGACUGAGACUGUCUCGCCGUCGUCGGAGGCCAGUUCGGCUGAGGCCACGACAUCAACGGAGGAGCCAAGCUCCGCCGCUGCUUCCACGACUGCAGUAGAGCCCAGCUCGACUGUUGUGGUCACGGCGACGGAGACGCUCUCAUCAGCAUCAGAGACCACCAGCACGCCUGAGGUCACCACCUCGACUGAGACGACGAUUGUGGCUCCCACGUUCGUCAGCACCACGGAGGGAUCCACUGAGGCAAGUACCACUGAGGCCAGCACUGCUGGCGCCAGCAGCACAGAGGCGGCGGCGAGCAGCGCUGAAAGCAACACUACUACUGCGGCGGCGAGUACCACUGAGUCCAGCAGCAUUGAGGUGAGCACAAGUACCAGCACUGUUACGGAGACGGCGAGCAGCGCCGAGGCGAGCACUACCGAGGUGAGCACCACUGAGCCAACAUCGGCGACGAACUCAACUGAAGCCCCCAAUAGUAACGCAACUGAGGUUGCAGCGAGCUCGACUGCGGCUCCGAGCUCCAUCGAGGCUUCGUCGACAAACGUAGAGCCCGUCUUGACGGGCAUUACCCAGUCCCCGGAGUCUACGGAGUCGAGCGGAGUCGAGUCUUCGACGGAAGUAUCCCCUACAUCACUGUCGACAUUUACUACAAGAACCACGCAAGAGCCUGGCGCUACCGAAUUUCCCACUUUUGAUUCUACCAUCACCGAGAUCCCCAGCUCAACCGUAUCCAGUACCUUUGAGCCCAGCAUCACAAAUCUCAGCUCUUCUGAACCCAAUACCACUCAGACGCCAUCCAUAACUGAAGCUCCAACUUCCAGCUCGUCUAGCAGCACCUCGAGUCCCACAACCACGAGUGAGUGUGCCCGCGGCCUCGAAUAUGCCUUCUACGACCUGUCCCCCGGCAACGGCAAGGGCCUCAUACCCAACAACGGGCCCGGCAAUAGGUACAGAGACUUUUUCAAUGUGGCCAGCGUCAAGGGCGUCACUCCCAACAUCACCGGCGUCUCCAAUCAAAUCAGUUAUACCGCGGGCUGCGACUCCGAAGACAUUCCUACCAUCGAUGGCGUCGACCGCCCGGGGUACCACCCCGACUACGCCGCCCUCGCCCACCGCACCUACUUCAAAGUUCCCUCCAACGGCACCUACACUGUCAACGUCCGUGGCGACGAGAUCACACUGGUCUGGAUCGGCAUCAACGCGGUCCAGGGCUGGACUGUUGAGAAUGCCAAUGUUAUUUCCGAUGUCAGCGAGAGUCCCGCUACGUAUUCGUUUGACGCCGUUGAGGGUGACUAUUUGCCUAUUCGGGUUCUUUAUGUCAACGCGCAAGGGUGCUCGCAGCUUUCCGUAACCCUACUCGAUCAGGAGACCUCGUACCUCACCUCGGCUCGUGACAGUGAGGCUAUUGUCCAGAGCUGCGCGAAUGAGUACGCUCCCGAGUGGCCUGCAUGGGAAGAUGAGUUGUAA